GUUAGUCAUCUUCACUCCAUGAGUCAUCCAUCCGAAAAUUCCUGCACUAGUAAUCACUGAAAAUCACGACUACAGGGGUCGUCAUUGGGAAAAACACCCCGGGUUUUAUGAAUAUACUCGAUGAUAUUUGUUUUCUCUGGUGGAGGUUUCGGUUUUGAAUGCACACAGGACGCCACCCAGCGGUUGUACCUGUCAACACGGAGAAUUUCACUUUCGGACGGCUCUCCACGGGCUUUUCCGUGCCUAGCCGAAAGUUCAUUGACAAUAGCCACCUGAAAACAGCUGAUUGUUUGACGUUGGUUUUUGUCCUCCGGGGGAAAAUAGAGAUAAACGAAUUAACGGGUUGACGAUAUCAUGUUAAUACUUUAUCACGUCGACUGAUGAUAACGCGUUGCAAGGAAGACACGUAAAUUAUCGGGAAAUCGUGAUUGGUUUAUGUAAAGGAAACCGGUUUAUUGUUUUUUUUCGUUGUUUUUGUUUCUUUUGAUCGGUUUGUUGAGGCUUAUCAUGGCAAGCUCAGUUACGAACAAUGGGUAUAAUUUUAAGGUUGUUCUUUUGGGCGAGGGGUGUGUGGGGAAGACCUCGGCCGUGCUGAGGUAUGUUGAGGACAAGUUCAAUGACGAGCAUUUGACGACGUUGCAGGCAUCGUUUCUCACGAAGAAGUUGAAUAUCGAUGGGAAGAGAGUGAAUCUGGCGAUAUGGGACACAGCCGGCCAGGAGAAAUUCCACGCUUUAGGACCAAUUUACUACAGAAUGUCGAACGGGGCUAUUUUAGUUUACGAUAUUACGGAUGAGAAUAGUUUUCAAAUGGUAAAGAAUUGGGUAAAAGAGCUGAAGAAGAUGCUUGGCAGUGAUAUAUGUUUAGUCAUAGCAGGGAACAAAGUUGAUCUUGAGAAAGACCGAAGUGUCUCGUUUGAGGAAGCGGAUAGGUAUGCGAAACAAGUGGGCGCAGCUCACUUUCACACGUCAGCCAAGCAGAACCGAAAUAUCGAGGAAAUGUUCUUAGACCUGACGAGACGAAUGAUUGCUCAUGCAGACGAGACUGAGCAACUGAAGACUAAUCUCAACAGGACUAGCAGCACGCGGAGAAAUGUUGUUGUCGUGGAGGACGAGGCUGAGCAGACACAAACGACAAAAUCAUCGUGCUGCGGUGGUUCACAUACCUCAUGAAUUAUCAUUUUCUCUUUUGGAAUUGAAUUUAUAUUGAACAGGAGACAAACGAUGUAUAUAUUUAGUCACUUUUCUAUUUAUCGCGGGACUGUGUGAAAUUUAUCUCGAAUCUUUUUUCUUUUCUCUUGAUUUGACUAGAGGAGUUGUGAAACGAGAUCAAUUAUCUUGACUUGAAAAUCAGCAUUUGAUAAAUAUUUCCGAAUUUGAGGGAGGUGAGGAAACUUUUCUAGGGAAAUACGUUCUUUUUAUUGGUAGAGCAAAACAACGGCUACAAAAAUAUAUUUAUGAAAAUUAUACUAUUUCCCCCUAAUUUUGGGAUCUUUUAACAUUGACACACGAUUUUCAUGACAUGAUGACCAGUUACACGCAAUAGAGUCCCUUCAUUUUAUGACAUUUUUGAUGUUUUGCAUUAAAACCUAGACUGAAGAAAUGAUAACCUUUACAUUCUAAUUGCAUGAGACACAUAUUGAAUUCUAUUAAAUUGUUAUGUAUCAUUCCAAUUGUACAUUGUGUAAUCUGAAUUCCACAUUGUAUAAUUUAAAUUUAUUAUGUUCAAUUCGACAAGUAUAAUUCGAGCAUAUAGAAUCUAAGAAAAACAAAAACCCACGAUUCUGAGCUCGAGUUUUAUGCAUUUAUUGCUGCUGAAUGGAAGAAUUGAAAUUGUUCUAUUUUUAGAUUUCCUGAAUUUGCUUGGGAAUGAUGUGAAAAAUUCUGAAACGUAAAAAUACGAAGUUUGACGAUCAUCUCUCUAUGUGCGUCUGUCCAUUUUUAGACAAUCGUGGAAUGAAAGAAUUAAAAUAAUUUUAAAAAACUCAAAUUUUAUGAGAUUAUAGUUAUUAAUGAGGAUAAACUCUGUGUUCAAUCUCAGCCCAAUUGAUCAAACCGUUUUGGAGAAAUCGCCAUUUGUUUCUGAAUAAUUUUUCGUAAUAAUCUUGAAACCUAUUCAACCGAUUAAAUUUUAUUUCAAAAUAUUGGUUUUGAUGUCUUCUAUCUCGAUCAAUCAAAAUAUGCAUGUCCGUUCGUAUGAAGUUUCUGAGGUAUUUCCAUUUUUCGGUUCGUCACUCAAGAGUCUUGUUCGCAGUGCAACUUUCCAAAAAAUAAAUCUAUUAACUUGAAAGUUGACAUAAUGUUUCCUUUUUGCACCCUAAUAUUCUGUGUUAAAGGUGGGCUGAAUCAGAUGAUUUGUUUAGGAGAUAUUAAAUUACAGAUUCAGACUACAGAAUGUGCAACGGUGAUGGUACAUUACCAUUUAGUACAAUUCACUAUGACUUUUGAUCAAUUAGAAAAACAUCGCAAUUAUUUCAACCAUUUCCAUUCAUCUUAAAAAAUCGUCUUAUCCGCGGCCAUCAACGCUUGUCUCAGCAAUCUUAAUCAAAUAGCAAAAAAAAGGAAAGAGCAGACGAACCAAUUUUCUCACAAUUGCCAACGUUUAGGACACCCAAAGUCCUUCAUCAGGUCAUUUAUUUAUUCUACAUAAAAACAAAAAAAAUAUUUCCAUAAAUUUCCAUUCAUUUCCUUUUCAAAGAAGAUUAGGUUCAUUUAAAAGGGCAUUAUUUCAAUUUCUGUAGACAAAGUCUUAAUGCAAAACAAUACAUGUCAAAAAAUGAAAAGGUUCCCUAGAGUGUAAUAUGUAUUUCUGUAACGAAAAUGCUACGUUGGUGUUGGAGAAUGGCCUAAUUCCCGACAUACAGUAAAAACCAAAGUCAGAGUAAAAGUGACUUAUCUCGUUUCAUUACGCAACUAAUGAUUUUGCAAAAGGGUCACCGUGGGUUAUCGAAUUUUGAUAUUUGCGAUGAUUGAAAUUACCGAGAUCAUGUGAAUUGUUUUUGUAAUGUAGGUUUGAGAAUAAUUCUCAUGCAGACUGCCAAAGAAAAAUAUAUAUUGAUGAAUCCUUUGAGUUGAAUGGCCUGGAACCGGCUAUUCACGGAGAUAACUGAUCAUUGAAUUAAUUAUAUGUUUGGGUGAUAAAUCGUUUCAGCUAAUGCAACUAAUUGAUGAGGAAUAUUGAGGAUCCUUGGAAUAACGAUCAAACAGUGUUAAGGGAAUUAUCAGUGAUGUAUCGUUUAAUUCUGUGUAUGAGACAGAGUCCUAUUGAUAAUUACAAUGUGCAAUAAAUAAGUCGUAAUUCAA